AUGCUGCACUCACCGGCAACCAACGCUCCGGAGCCAAUCGAUGAAGGGAACACUCGACGCCCUCGGGCUCGUUUCGGAGAGGGUGGAACUGACAACGCGAGCCGUUGGGAAGACCCUAAUCGCGCAGCUUCUGAUGGUAGGACCUACCGCCGCCUCCAAGCCAGAAAGGGCAACCUCAAGUACUCAUGCGAAGCAGCCUCGGCUGUCACCCCCCGACUGGAAGCUAUCGCUGAAGAGAUUGAGCGUGACCGACAGACAAUGGGUGGGCCUCAUCAUGCCAGGAUCUCGCAGGCCAGCGGCCUCCGCCCUCGCUUCGAGAGUGUACCUCAAAACGAAGAGCAUGAGGAGCGAGUCAAGAGGGUUUCCGAGCAUGUGAAGGCCAUCCUGGAGGAGCUAGGCGAUCACGACCGACGAGGUUUGCGUGGCACCUCAAAGCGAUGUGCUAAGGCCUUGCUUGCGCUUACAAAGGGAUAUGAGACAAGCAUUGAGUCUGUGGUCGCUGGCGCAGUUUCGGAGAAGAACCGCAGUGAUGGGAUGAUCAUCCUGAAGGAUGUCGAAGUUAUCUCUCUCUGUCAGCAUCACUUGAUUCCGUUCACUUGCAAGGUACAAAUUGGUUAUGUGCCUGCUCGCCACGUGAUCGAGCUUGGAAAGCUCGUCGAUAUCGUCGAGGUACUUGCAUACCGACUCCAGACGCAGGCGAACCUCACCGAACAGGUUACAGAGGCCAUUGCCGAGGUUCUCGAGCCGCAUGGAGUUGGUGUCAUUGUCAAGUCCAAGCACCUCUGCUCGUUCAGACACGGACCAGGCAAGGCCGAAAAGCAGGUCACUAGCUGCAUGCUGGGAUGCUUCAAGUCUCGCGGAAAGAACGAAGAAUUCCGCAGCCGCGUGGGCGCUUGA